UACAAGAUACACCACGUUCCAAUAUAUGUAGGACUUAUUCUCUGUUUGUGGCAGGAACUUUAAAAUUAUUUCUCUGGCUAAAGCAAUCCGGGAUUAAAUUAGCAGUAUUGAACAUGUACUAAUUACAAUUUUUAAUUUAGCGUUUAUUACUAAGGCACUAAUUAUUUACAAUAUUUUUUUUUUUUAAUUAUUAUUAUUUUUUAGUAGUACGUAAUGAUGAUUAACAAAUUGCACGGAUGCAUGCUGAUCGUAGGCUUUGCUCAGCUGAUAGUCACACCCUACCAAGCAGCUUCUCUCUGCGCCUACCACUGACCACACACUGUCUUCUGCUUGGCGACCAUCCCUAUUCUUCAGUAAUCACCUUGAUGCUUUGUUGUCAAAAUGCAUGUUCAGACUGACACUGAAGAGCAGAAGAGUUUGCUGGGAGACCGUGACAAAUGCUCAGAAAUUGGAACAAGAAACUCCAGCAGCCUCUCAACUACAUCCUGGUCAACCUGGCUGUGGCCGGACUGAUCAUGUGCGCCUUCGGAUUCACCAUCACCAUCACCUCUGCUGUUAAUGGCUACUUCGUUCUCGGAGCCACUGCUUGCGCUGCUGAGGGAUUCAUGGCCACACUGGGAGGUCAAGUUUCUCUGUGGUCUCUGGUUGUCCUGGCCGUUGAGAGAUACAUUGUCGUCUGCAAACCCAUGGGAAGCUUCAAGUUCACUGGAACUCACGCAGGAGCUGGAGUCCUUUUCACCUGGGUCAUGGCUUUUGCAUGCGCUGGUCCCCCACUGUUUGGCUGGUCCAGGUACCUCCCUGAGGGCAUGCAGUGCUCCUGUGGACCUGACUACUACACCCUGGCCCCAGGCUUCAACAACGAAUCAUAUGUCAUGUACCUGUUUGUAAUCCAUUUCAUCUUUCCUGUUGUUAUCAUCUUCUUCACUUAUGGAAGCCUUGUCAUGACAGUCAAAGCUGCUGCAGCCCAGCAGCAGGAGUCAGAGUCCACCCAAAAGGCUGAGAGGGAAGUGACUCGUAUGUGCAUCCUGAUGGUCUUUGGCUUCCUGGUAGCUUGGGUGCCAUAUGCCAGUUUUGCCGCCUGGAUCUUCCUGAACAAGGGAGCUGCCUUCACUGCCCUGACUGCAUCCAUCCCUGCCUUCUUUGCAAAGAGCUCAGCACUGUACAACGCACUUAUCUAUGUGCUGAUGAACAAACAGUUCCGUAACUGCAUGCUGAGCGCUAUUGGAAUGGGCGGCAUGGUGGAGGAUGAGAGCUCAGUUUCUACCAGCAAGACAGAAGUGUCCUCUGUCUCUUAAACAUAGAGACAUUUUCAUUUACCUGGACAUUUUCCUUUUUACUGUCUCUUUAAUCUGGAAUAAUCCUCAAUGUGGACUGAGUGAAGUUCAGGGACGUCUGAACUACAUGACCAGUGAUGAAUGGCUCGAGGAAUAAAACUCAUGAACUGCAUUUUUUUCACCUUUUGUUUGAAGGGUGUUGGAAAUCAAUGUGAAUUCAAAAUCACUGCAAAUAAUGGUAAGAUCUGUGAACACAUGUAUAUGGAUGCUCAUUUUGACUCCCUGAGGCACAGAUAUCCCUGAGAUGUUUGAGCUUUUUGGCACCACUGAAUCUACAUAACACCCUUAAAAAAACAUAUGUUUCAAAGCCACAACAUUUGUUUUAUUUAUUUAUUUUUUUUUACAUCAGUGGGAACA